CUGUACAAUGAUUUUUCCAUAGGCAGCCUUCGACUUUCUUUUCCCGCAAACCCUAGCUAGGGUUUUUUUUUCUCAAUUUCUUGUCAAUCUAAUCGUAGUCAUCUCGUCGUUCUAAUAGUUCUUUAUUUGCCUGCGGAUUGGAUCUAUCUUCAACCAUGAAUUCAUUCGGUGGAGCUCGGAAGAGAGGUAGGCCUCACGGUACCAUUGGGAACGGCGGCGUUCCUGGCUCUAAGCGAUCCAAAGAAAUGGACUCAAGUCAACCUGGUUUAGGAAGCAAAUCGAAGCCAUGCACCAAGUUUUUCAGCACUGCUGGAUGCCCUUUCGGUGAGGGUUGUCACUUUCUCCACUAUGUACCUGGGGGAUAUAAUGCUGUAGCAAAUAUGACGGGGAACCCUGGUCAUGCCCCUGUUUCAAGGAAUCCCGUUGGACUGCCCCCUUUAUCUGAUGGCCCUCCAACACCAGCUGCGAAGACACGCUUAUGCAAUAAGUUUAAUACUCCAGAAGGUUGCAAGUUUGGGGAGAAAUGCCACUUUGCUCAUGGUGAAAGAGAACUUGGCAGGUCCUUACAUUCGGGUCAUGAAGCCCCAAUAGCUCCAUCAAUUGGUGGGAGGCUUGGUGGCAGGUAUGAGCCGCCUCCACCCGCUGGCCUUGGUGCAGCGGCCAGCUUUGGUGCUUCUGCCACUGCAAAGAUUAGUGUUGAUGCCUCAUUGGCUGGUGCCAUCAUUGGGAAAGGUGGGGUGAACACAAAGCAGGUAUGCCGUCUGACUGGAGCUAAGCUUUCUAUUCGGGAUCAUGAGAGCGAUACAAAUCUGAGGAACAUAGAAUUGGAAGGAACCUUUGAUCAAAUCAAGCAGGCAACUGCAAUGGUACGGGAACUGAUUGUCAACAUCAGUUCAUCUGCUGUGCCUGUGAAGACUGGUGGUCUGGGAGCUGCUGUUGGCGGCGGAGGCGGCGGCGGCGGUCCAGGUCAUGGCCCUGGUAGCAACUUCAAGACAAAGCUAUGUGACAACUUCACCAAGGGUACAUGCACCUUUGGAGAUAGGUGCCAUUUUGCCCAUGGGGGUAGUGAACUGCGCAAGGCAGCUGCUUAAAAUGUUUCAUGUUUUGUAAGUUGAUUUAAAUUGCCAGGGAGUAUUCUGCAGCGCUAGUUUGUUUUCUCACUGUAGACAAAGUAUUUAUAAACUGUUAGUUUUCCGUAUUGCUAGCAUUGUAUGUUUUUUUUUUGGUUUUAACCUUUGGGAUUUUAUUAGGAUUUGUUCUGUCUGAUUCUAUUACACUUGUUUUCUACGACUGUACAUUUUCAGCUGCUGCUUGUUUAGUAUUUGGUA